AUGAAUCCAAAUAAUCGCAAAUCUUUUCUGGGAAAUGUUAUUGACAAUGAGAAUGCUGGUGACAAAAGUUCGAUUGAUUAUUUUCUGGCUGUUCAACCUCAUCAAAAUAUUAUGAAAGGAGCUUCUCCUGAUUUUCACACCGAUGAUUUCUUUCACUCGUUAGUUUUUUAGACAGUCGAUUGUAAAUCAAUUUUGUGUUUCAUUUUCAGUGAUGAGUGUAAUAUUGAAAGUUGGAACAACAUUGAAACCAACAUUAUACCAAAUCACGAUUAUCAUAAUUUAUUGAUGAAUUCUGGACUUGGAAGAGCAGACAUAUUGUUCAAUGAAUCGCCAAGCCCUUUUUCAGCAUUUGUUUAUUCAGAUCACAUUGUGGUGACGUUAACAUCUGAAAGAAAUUUUUCGUAAGUAUUUUAGGGAAAAAGGUAUUUCGUUCAAUCUGCGAAUUAUUUUCACAAAACAGUUCGGGCAUGAAAAUGAAUCAACCAAUUUUGUGGUAAAACAAUACAUUUCAGAGAUGUUGUAUAUUGCCGUUAUUAUGAUUGCAAGAUGAGAGAAAUGAAAGGAAAACACUAUGAAUCACGCCAUUUUCCACAAUCAACAGUUUUUUGUGGUCGUAGAAAAGGGGCUGAAUAUAUUUCGAUUACAGCUAACUUAGACGAUGAAGCUGAAUUUCCAAUAAAACUUGUUAGAAGAAACAAAAAAAGUAUUUAGACUUUCGUACUGAAAUCGUAAUAUUCAUGAAUUCAUAUUUUCAGAACUUCCACAUUAUUUCACUGUUUGUUUGGCUCCACUUUAUGGGGAAGAACAAAAAUUUUUGCAAAUAGCUGAUUUUAUUGAAUAUUUCAAACUUCAAGGUGCUACUUUUUUUCACAUUUAUGUGAAAAAUGUAUCGAAAUAUGAUAGAGUUCUUCUUGAUGAUUAUGUUCGAACUGGAGAAGUUGAAUUGAUACAGGUUCAUGAUCAUUAUUGGAGAGCUGAUUUUAUGUGGCACAGAGUUCAGAUAAAUGUGAGUUCCAUACGAAACUCACUUAAAAAGAUAAACUGAUAUUGAGAUACUGAUAACGAGAUUAAGAUAUUGAUUGAGAAAAGUUCAUACGAAAAAAUGAUACAAAAAUGUAUUUUGAUAAUGUGUCUAGUCAACUUUGAAAUUUUUCCAUCACUUAAGGAUAUUUUUUCAACUUGAACCAGUUUGUGAAAAAAACUAUUUUAAAAAGUGUUCUGAUCUGAUCAAAAAUAAGAUAAUCUGUGGCAGUUGUUUUCUCAAAUAGACAGACAUUUGUAUCAGGAUUCGUAAAUUAACACAACAAGUUUUAUGUUUCUACAAAGAGUACUGUAGAAAUGUUGAUAGUGUUUGAAAAAAGGCAGCGUGUGCCGAAUGGAUCCCACGAUAAUCUCGUGUACAGAUUUGAUAACCGUUUUUGAAAUUAGCGCAAAUGAUGUGAGUUGAUAGAAGUAUGGUAAAACAUUGCAGCUCACGAGAAGUCAUCAGCGUGUAUAUCUGGUCUAGGAAUGUUUUGUGAGUUAUGAUGGUAGGUUACACAGAAAAUUGAUUUUUUAUUAUGUUUUCUUAAAUAUUAACAAAAAACUCAAUAACAAUAACUUUCUAAUUAAUAAAAAAUGGAUGCGUUCAGGAUUGUCAUUUCCGAAGUAAAUAUUUUUCAAAAUGGACGGCUUUUUUGGAUAUUGAUGAAAGAAUAGAGAUGAAAAAAUUUCCAAAUCUACGCAUUGUCGAUCUUCUUGAGUAAGUAACAAACAUCCAUUUUGAUAAGGAUUUUUGAAGAGGUUCAGCAAAAAAUUUGAAAUUCACUAGUCACAAAUCGAUUCCAACUUGUCAGAUUUCAACAGUACAAAAACUGUAUUGUGUUUCAGCCAAACAACUCCGAAUGUUUCAACUCUACAUUUUUCUGUUGAUUGGGUUAUCAAAGAUCAAAUUUCUCCUGCAAAAUACACAAAUGAUGCAGAGUUAAAAGACAACAUGGUUUUCCGAAAAUUCACAAACACUUCUACAAAAACUGACACGUGGAAACAACCAAAAUGUAUAAUUAGAUCCGAAAAAAUAGCAUUGAUGUCAAUUCAUCAUCCUCCAGCAGUUUAUGAUGAAUCAAAAAUUUCAGUUGUUAAUUAUCGAAUUGCUGUUGUUCGACAUUAUCGAAAUAUAUUCCACAAUCUUUUUCCAUUACAAGUUAAAAGAAUGUUGGAACAUGGUCCCUGGAGACAAACUCAUAUUGCACCGUGGAUUGCUGAAAAAUUAACUGCAAAUAUUUUUAAAAGGAUUAAAUAUCUUUACGAUAUUAAAACACCGCCUUUUGAAUUACAACAAAUGUAUUAUGCCAAUCACGGAAGUGAAAUGUCUUUAGAAAAAAUCAAACAAUGA